GCCGGCGUCCGCGAUGUGGCAGCGCUCGGUGUGCGUGGGCCUGCUGGCCCUGGCGCUGGGUUACCUGUGCCUGCUGGGCCCCGGGCGGCCCCCCGCGGCGCUGCGGCGGCGGCUGCCGGGCUGGCUGCUGGGGGCCCGGCCCGCCGAGGCCCGGCUGCUGGCGGCCUGGCAGGCGGCCAUCGUCCGCCCGGCGCGCGGCUGGGCGCGCGUCGCCGUCGGUGUCAACGCCUGCGUGGACGUGGUUCUGUCCGGUGUGAAGCUGUUAGAAGCGCUUGGGCUUGAACCUGGGGAUGGAAAGAAUCAUGCAGUUUUGACCUCCAGGCAGGACCUGCGGGAAGCGUUCGCGCACUUCAUGGGCAAGGGCGCCGCUGCCGAGCGCUUCUUCAGCGACGCCGAGUCCUUCCAGCACAUUGCACGGGCGGCCUCCGAGCACCCCGGGGCACAGCUUUACGUGGGAGGAAAUGCUGCUCUCAUUGGUCAGAAGCUUGCAUCAAAUCCAGACCUGAAGAUCCUCCUUUGUGGCCCAGUUGGUCCUAAACUCCAUGAACUACUUGAUGACAAUGUGGUUGUGCCCCCUGAAUCCAUGCAGGAGAGAGAUGAAUUCCAUCUUAUCUUGGAGUAUCAAGCAGGUGAAGAGUGGGGACAGGUUAGAGCACCCAAUGCCAACCGCUUCAUCUUCUCCCAUGACCUGUCAAACGGCGCCUUAAACAUGCUGGAAGUGUUUGUGUCCAGCUUGGAUGAGUUUCAGCCAGAUCUUGUGGUGCUUUCAGGACUUCACAUGAUGGAAGGCCAGAGCAAGGAGAUGCGGCACAGACGACUUAUGGAGGCUGUGGCUUCCAUCUCAGAUAUCCCCACGGACAUUCCCAUACACCUGGAGUUGGCCAGCAUGACAGAUCAGGAUUUUAUGAGCAACAUUAUUCAUCAGCAGGUCUUUCCCCUGGUCAACUCCAUUGGGCUGAACGAGCAGGAGCUGCUGUUCCUCACCCAGUCUGCCUCUGGCCCCCACGCCUCCCUCGCCGCCUGGAGCGGCGUUCCCGACGUGGGCGUAGUCAGUGACAUCCUCUUCUGGAUCCUGAAGGAGCACGGGAAGAUGGCAGAGAGGGCCUCUGACCUCACACGGAUCCACUUCCACACCCUGGCCUAUCACAUCCUGGCCACGGUGGACGGGCACUGGGGCAACCAGGCGGCUGCCGUGGCGGCGGGAGCCAGAGCCGCGGGGACUCAAGCCUGCGCCACCGAAACCAUCGACACCAGCAGAGUCUCUCUUAAAGCUCCUUUGGAGUUUGUCACCUCCCAGAUUGAGACACCUUCCAAAAUCUCUUUAAAUCCAGAUGAGCCAGUGGUGCACUGGCACCGAGAAGGCAUCUCGUUCCAUUUCACUCCAGUUCUGGUGUGUAAGGAUCCGGUGCGGACCGUGGGGCUCGGGGAUGCCAUUUCAGCUGAAGGACUGCUCUACUCAGAAGUGUAUCCACAGUAGAAGACCCAGACCCUGUGUCUUCUCUGAGGAACCACAAGACUUCUCGUUAGGAUUUCAGGCAGUGGUGAAAAGGAACAGGAACAGAGUUGGGUUGUGGUGUGUUUUCUGGAUAGAGCUGAAAAAAGAGCCAAAGAAUAAUUCCAGGUAUAAAGUGUCAGAUACAUUCCAGUCACUUGGCAGUGACCUGAACGCUUCACGUGGAGGUGCACUGGAUAUUUAAUGUGAAACCUGGCUUUGUCUGAAGCAUGUGGGGAGGGAAACUAAUAUCCAAAUACCUGUUUGGCUUGGGUUUGCUGUUUGUAACUCCAAAGGGGCCUGGUCUGGUAGUGCUGGCAAGUGGCAGCCAGGAGAAUCCCCCCUUGCAGGUCCCAGGGAGGGCACAGCAGUGCAGCCCAGCCCUGCCUCUGGUAAAUUAACAAUAAAAGGCUCUUGCUUUAUCUCCUCACAGCACAUUGCUACGUGGCAAGAGCAAACCUCCUGCUUGCUGGUGUGAUGGUGAGAUCUUUCACUGAUGAAAUUACCUCUCAACCUCAGUGUCCCCAGCAUUGGGGGUGCCAGGGUCCCCAAAUGUGAUGCACAUCUGCUCCCUGAGGGAACAGGAGUGCCUGACCAGGCUGCCUAGGGUGCUGUGGGGAUCUGUUGUCCCUGUGACAACAAGGUCAAUUCAGUGUAUUCAGCUGAGCCCUAGUGGCCCUUGCUUAGUUUUUUUGGGCAAGCAGAAGUGAAGAUAAUCCAGGUUUAUAUCUGGGGAGACCUCAGCUUUAUUGUCUUGCUAGAUAAACCACACCAUGUUACCUGUGUUGGCUGUGCACUAAACCCCACGAGUUCAGGGCUUACAGCUGGUGUUCUCUGCUAACACUGGGUGUUUCUGGCAUUCUACAGAAAAGCUGAGUGCUGGAGACUAUUUUUUGUUGUUUGAGAAGAGUUGUGCAAUUUCCUUCCACUCCCAUGCCCUCUGUUCAGAAGGGUUAAUAUAUUAGGGGAGGUCCUUCCAGUGGCUCAAAACCUGUGCCAGUGUUUUCCAGGUAAGACUGAGGUGAGGAGGGCUUUUUUAGGGUUUGAUUUGGGUUUUUUUUUCUCUUGACUAGGUCCCUGAUAGCUUCUUUGCUCUGGACAACCUUUGAAAUUAAAAAAGUAGAACUGUG